AUACACUGGAAUUACAUACAGUUGUUGCUUUUUAAUUAAUUUAAUUUCCCUACUACUAAUUCAUCACAUUCUCUGUUUUUGUGCUAUAGGACAGCCAUCUGCUGGCCACUCAUAACUAAGUGACCAAAGUUUUAAUCCGCUUUAUACAUACGAGCCCUGGUGUUGGACAUGGUGGCUGGUGGGAAAUCUAUAUUACUCACAAAAAGUCCUAGAAGAUAAUGACUAUGGCCGGGCGGUGGACUGGUGGGGUCUGGGUGUAGUUAUGUAUGAGAUGAUGUGCGGCCGUCUGCCUUUCUACAACCAAGACCAUGAGCGUUUGUUUGAGCUCAUCCUCAUGGAGGAAAUCCGCUUCCCCAGGAAUCUGUCGCCCGAGGCCAAGUCCCUGUUGGCUGGCCUGCUCAAGAAAGACCCCAAACAAAGGUUGGGUGGAGGUCCUACUGAUGCCAAAGAAGUAAUGAGUCACAAAUUUUUUAUCAUCAUCAACUGGCAGGAUGUGGUACAAAAGAAGCUUACCCCAUUGUUCAAACCACAAGUGACAUCAGAGACAGACACCCGGUACUUUGAUGAUGAGUUCACAGCACAGACCAUCACGCUCACUCCUCCAGAUAAGUAUAACAGUCUGGACUGUGAGGACCCUGGCCAGCAAGCGCAUUUCCCGCAGUUCUCCUACUCUGCUAGCAUAAGAGAGUGAUAGCACUCACAAAUACACACACACACACACACACACACACACACACACACACACACAAACACAUAUCAAAACAAAUGAGGCAUGAACACCUUGGCCACAUCCUUAUAGCUAUAAAAUGAUCACAGCAUCAAAGUGCCUCAGCUAGCGGCCAUAUUGUUUUAUAGAAGCCCCUUCGGUCAACACUACGGUUCAAAGCCUCCACAUUCUGACUGUACUGUAUCAAACUGGACUUCAGGACCUCACAAAUUCAUCAGCACAACUGAAAAACAACUGUUUGAAGCACCUUUGGAUGGCCUUUAACUACUGCUGCUUCUCAAUAUAAAACGUGAUAAUUUUUAGCACUCUCUUUUCUUGGCCUUCAUGAACAGUUUCUUUCAUGAUGUUUCCAAGUGCUCUUCAUCAGAACUAGCUGUUACAACUGGUGAUAGCCAGGUUUGUAUAUGAGAAAGUUGCGGGGCAGUUUGUUGGGUGUUUCUAUUAGGUGUGUGUGGAUCUUUUUAUUUUAUUUUAUUUUUGAGAAAAAGGAGGGCAUCAAGUCCAAACUGGAUGUCAUAUGUUUAUCAAGAGGUGUUGUAUGUGUCUUAAUACAACACUUGCCCAACAUGAAUUAACAGAUUCAUUGAUAAUUCAUGAUUAUCAAAGUGUCUCCACGGGCAAAAGCUUUGAGCAGAAGAUGAGGUGUUGGAGAUAGAGGCUGUCCUUUAACUGUAUGCAAUGAAAACACAUCACUUGUUUAUUAGUUUGCUCUCAUCUCAAACUUUGAUCUUUAACAAAUCUGUUAAGUGUGACACAUCAAUUAAUGGAAAUUGGGAAUACCUUAAUGCACAAGGUGUAUGUUAUUUUUUAAGAAUUUUGUUCUAUUUUUUUAAAUCUUUUUUUAUCAGCAAAAUAUACACCAUGUGAUUUAAGAGGACUAAUAAGCACUUAGUAAUUUAAAGCAAACCUCAAUUUUCUCAGAUGGACCAUGUUUAUAAUGUAGCGUAAGGCUUCCUGGAUUGGUGUCAGUGCUUAUUGUUUUUUAACAUCUCAUGGAUAUGUGUAUGUUGCACUGAGUAUCAAAAAUUGUGAAAUACCAAAAGCUGGUAUCAAAUAUCUGGUCAGAUUUAUAAUCUUGUAACCUUCUGUGGUCAGAUUUACAUCAAACAUUGGCCAGAGUUAGACUAUUUAAUUUCAACAAAGUUCUAGAGUGGAUGCAUGUGUUUCAACUAAAUUUAACAUUGGAGAAUUUUUACUUUGGUUAAAUAAGAAAUAAAAUGUAGAAACCCUCGAAGUAAGGUUUAAAAGGUAUUGUAUCUGUAUUGAAACUCUGGUGUUUUAUCAACACUACUAUUUGGGAAAAAAGCACCAAACCGAAUUCUAGCACUGUUGUUCAUGUUCAUAUUCUUUAUAUUCAUUCAUCUUUUCUUAGCAUUCAAAGCUACUUCUGUAAUAUUUCCAAUGCACUUAUACCUAUGUUAUAACAUAUAUUAGUAGCCUUUCUAUUACAGUAGUCUUUCCUCAGAUCAAAAUUCACCAUUUUAAACUUUACCUGCUUGAUACUUAAAAAGUUUGAAGUUGUGGAUGAAAAUCCACUUGUUUUAAUGUUCUCCUGGCUAAUGUGUAUCUGUUAUGUUUUUGUAAUUGUGCUUACAAUGUUCCAGUCUAUAAACACCACUGCUGCUUUGAAGACUUGACUGUUCCAUUAGAUUUGAUUAAUCAUAAAUUAGCUGGAGAGCUAAGAAAUCCUCUAGGAAGCUGUGAAUAUCAUGAACAUGGUCCAUUGUGAGAUUCUUUCAUUUGAGUGCAAUGGAGACUUGCAGGGAUGUAUUUUUUAUUAUUAUUUUCAACUCUUCCCAUCUAUUGUAAAAUGCACCCAACAUUGUAUUGGUGCAACGCUGUUGAGGCACUGUUAAUAAAUACAGAGCUUGUGCAGACAACCUGCUCAAAUUCCCAUUACA